UACACCAAGAAAACAAAGCUUCAGAUUUGUCGAGAGGUUAAGCAGUGAUGUCACAGGAAUCGUCAUGUAGUGGCCAACAGUGGACAAGAGGUUAACCCUUGCAAGAUUCACAUUUUCAGGUAUGCCUUGAUAACCAUUCGAGACGUAUUUUUGGGAAAUUUUCAACUGACUUGCCCAUGGAAGAGAAAACAUUUUGGACAAGAAAUGGGGAAUAUGGAAAUUCACCAAUUUAAAUUCUCCGAUGAAUGAAGAAAAGGUCUUCGAUGGAAGAUCCAAAGCAGGGAUUAUCCUGUAUGUUAGACUUUUCUAAUAUAAUCAUAAGGGGACCACCCUCGUCAUGGAGGUGGCGAUGUCCCUUCCAGGCUCAGCCAUAGACUGCUAUGAAGACAUGUUCAAAGAAAUAACCAGAAAACUCUAUGGGGAAGAUGGACUACCGGAACUGAACGUGAACGAUCGCUUGUCUAGCUGUAUUCCAGACCGCACAAAUCAGACGAACGAAUUCGACGUGGAUAGUCACCUUCUUAAAAGCGAUGAUCAUUUGACCGCUCUAGGAUUAGCGGCUCUGAUGCAGAACGGCUUUCCUGCUAACGGAAUCCUGAAUGCUCCAUUCAGCCAUCCACAGCAUAAGGUAGAGGAUAUAUGGACGGCCAGCGAAGAAGUACUUCCAUGGACCCAAUCGAAAGUGGCCACUUACAAUCCACUUCAAAAAACGUUUCGUUGUAUGGAGUGCGAUUGUGCAGGAAAUCUGAAUAAAGUUGUUGAGCAUUGGCUGGGCACUCAUUCAAACAUCAGGGCAUUCAGAUGCCCCCAGUGUCCAUACGAAAGUGCUUGGGCCAAAUGUGUCAGGAUGCACCUUGGAAGACAGCACAAUUUGGAACUGGACGAAUCGAGAGCUUCCGAUAUAAUUUUAGAAAAUAAUCCUGUUUUACAAGAAAUCACCAAGUAUCUGCAAAGACUCAAAGUAAAACUGGACACAGUAUUCAUACCAAAAACAAAUUCACAGGAAGAUUAUCAGCAGAGUAUUAGGCAACAGAACAUGGAUAAUUCGAGUCAAAAUAAUAAGAGAUACAAUUGUACAUAUUGUCCUUACGCAACAGAUAGAAGAGAUCUUUUCACACGACACGAGAAUAUACACAGAGAAGAGAAACCUUUUCAAUGCUACGUAUGCCAAAAACAGUUCAACCGAGCUGAUCAUGUCAAGAAACAUUUUUUGAGAAUGCAUAGAGAACACCCAUACGAUUUGAAUAGAAUCAGAAGACACCCACCCAAAAACGCAUCUGGUAUGUCCUAUUAUCAAAAAUAUAACUCGGGCAUAGCUAACCCUACACCUGACGCUACAUCCAGUUCUUCGUUAUCUAUUCCAAGUGGCCUACAGGGUUUAAAUAGACAAGUGGUGCCACAGCUACCAAGGAUACCUCCACCGAAAACCCCAAUUACGAAAAGCCUGCUUCCAUCUAAGUGUUCUGGUAAAAAACGGGGAGAGAAAAGAUUCAGUUGCUGUUAUUGUUCCUGGUCAGGAGUCGACAACUGGUGCCUGAAAAGACACAUGAAUACGCAUUUGAAACCUUUUGUAUGCGUUUUGUGUGAUUAUAAGGCCGCUAGGUCCGAAAGAUUGACCACCCAUGUCCUCAAAGUUCAUAAUAAAAGGGCCUGUGGUAAAUGUAGUUUCCUGGCUGAUGAACCAUCUCAACUGAUUGUGCAUCAGCAAGAACAUCAUCCACUGGAACAUAAAAAUAGAACUGUAUCAAAUCCAUCUGUUUUGAGGUCCAGUAUGUUCAACGAAAACAACUCCUCUUCACCAUGCAGUGAAAAUGUGGUCACAUCCAGAAUUUCCAGCCAACAGACCAAGACUAAAGCUUCCUUGUCGAAACAGCACGGUGCAGCACGUUUGUUCAGCUAUAUGGAAGCCAGCGACGGGUCGGAAACAGAAAUGGAUACGAGACCCAACGCAAUGGAGAGGAUUAACAUUUCCCAUAGGAUCCAAUCGGAUUUUCCUGAAGCGGGAGAUGUGAGCGAAAUCAGGGCGGAAGAAGAACCAGACGAAACUGAACUUCCUCUAUUUAUUUGCCCUUCUUGCGGUUGUGAAUUCGAAGAUGACACGUCCUUGGACACUCAUCAGUACACACAUCGCAUUGCUACAUCUCCCGCUAAAAAUGGAGCUAAAGAGAAUGUUGAUCCUUCGCCAAUUUAUAGAUGUCACAUGUGUGAUUCUACAUUUGAGUGCCAAUCCCAUAUAAUCAGUCAUAUGUCGCAGCAUUCUACCCUCAAUUCUCACUGUAUUGUCAAACACGAGGCGCGACCAAGGAGACGGAAGCAGGUGAAGCCACAGAAGGUGACCAUACCGUAUUGGGACUCUUCCGAAGUUGAUAUUCUUCGUCAUUUGAACGGUAAAUUGAGAUCGUGGCGGAGCACGCCUUCAACUACCAAUAUCAAACUAGCUGAUAAAUAUUUAGCUCAGCUGAUAACCAAGCGUGGUAUCACCUGUUUUAUUUGUCCGAGAAACAAAAUUACCAGGUACCACACCAGAUCGUCAGCAGCGCUCCACUUUCUGUGGCGUCAUAGUCUACCGAAAUUCCAGUGUGAACAUUGCGAUGCCAAGUUUCGACACAGGUACCAAGUCAUCCUACAUGGAGGUAGAGUGCAUAUUAAGGAACCAACUACAAACCACCAAUUAUCUCUCUCCACUAAUGUACCUACUCAAGUACCACAUGAACUGAACUCAGUUCCAAAGUUGGGCGAACUUGGCAUGGCUUUUUUCGACCAUUCACUGAUGCAGUCUACGAACUCACUAAACCAUUUACACAUCAUUAUACCCACCUUUCCACCAAACUAAUGAACGUAUUGAAUAUAAAUAUGAGAUUUUACAUAGGUACAACUGAAAGUGACCUUGAAAUUUUUCCAAAUUCGAUGUGGUAAAAUUAUAUUUUCCUUAAAUAUGUAGUAAUUGUGCAAUAUAUUUACCCAAUUGUUUUUAACUUGUAGUUAUUUAUGUUUUUUUAUAGCAAAAGUUGUUUUUUGAUUACAUACGUGAAUUUUAUUUUCCAAGAAUUCUGAUCUCGAUUCUUUAUAUAAUGUUCACAUUUGAUUGGCAAUGUUAAACUUAAUUCAACCCAUGGUUACCCUUUGUUUGUUAUGUGCGAGCUUUGUUAUUUUUUCAUCAUGUGAUUUAAUGUAAGUAUGAAGGCUAUUGAGGAAAAGACAAUUUUUUCUAGUGA